AAAGCAGCCCAGAGGGCGGAGCAAGGAGAGGAAGCGGAAGCGGUGGUCGGGGAUCCGCUGCCGGAGCUAGCGUGGGCCCCACGUGUUCGAGUUGCUGUGAUGGAAGUCAAAGGGAAAAAACAAUUCACAGGGAAGAGUACAAAGGCAUCCCAAGAAAAAAACAGAUUUCGUAAAAGCAAUGAUUCUGGUUCUUCAAAGACAGUUCCAAAAAAAGUUGCUAAGGAAGGUGGAUCUAAAGUCACAUCUAAGAACUUUGAGAAAAGUGUCACAAAACCUGGGAAAAAAGGUGUGAAGCAGUUCAGGAAUAAGCAACAAGGGGACAAAGCACCGAAGAACAAAUUCCAGCAGGCAAAUAAAUUCAACAAGAAGAGAAAAUUCCAGACAGAUGGUAAAAGUGAUGAAUCAACAGCCAAGAGACCUAAAUGGGAUGACUUCAAAAAGAAAAAGAAAGAACUGAAGCAAAGCAGACAACUCAGUGAUAAAACCAACUAUGACAUUGUUGUUCGGGCGAAGCAGGUUUGGGAGAUUUUAAGAAGAAAAGACUGUGACAAAGAGAAAAGAGUAAAGUUAAUGAAUGACUUGCAGAAGUUGAUUCAAGGGAAAAUUAAAACUAUUGCGUUUGCACAUGAUUCUACUCGUGUGAUCCAGUGUUACAUUCAGUAUGGAAAUGAAGAACAGAGAAAACAGGCUUUUGAAGAAUUGCGAGGUGAUUUGGUUGAGUUAAGUAAAGCCAAAUAUUCCAGAAAUAUUGUUAAGAAAUUUCUCAUGUAUGGAAGUAAACCACAGAUUGCUGAGAUAAUCAGAAGUUUUAAAGGCCACGUGAAGAAGAUGCUGCGGCAUUCGGAAGCCUCUGCCAUUGUGGAAUAUGCAUAUAAUGACAAAGCCAUUUUGGAGCAGAGGAACAUGCUGACAGAAGAGCUCUACGGAAACACAUUUCAUCUUUUCAAGUCAGCAGAUCACCCAACUCUGGACAAAGUAUUAGAGGUACAGCCAGAAAAAUUAGAGCUUAUUAUGGAUGAAAUGAAACAGAUUUUAACUCCAAUGGCCCAAAAGGAAGCUGUGAUUAAGCACUCAUUGGUGCAUAAAGUAUUCUUGGACUUUUUUACUUAUGCACCCCUCAAACUCAGAUCAGAAAUGAUUGAAGCCAUCCGUGAAGCUGUGAUAUACCUGGCACAUACACACGAUGGUUCCAGAGUGGCUAUGCACUGUCUGUGGCACGGCACACCCAAGGACAGAAAAGUGAUUGUGAAAACAAUGAAGACUUACGUUGAAAAGGUGGCUAACGGCCAAUACUCUCAUUUGGUUUUACUGGCGGCAUUUGACUGUAUUGAUGAUACUAAGCUUGUGAAGCAGAUAAUCAUAUCAGAAAUUGUCAGUUCUUUGCCUAACAUAGUAAAUGACAAAUAUGGAAGGAAGGUCCUUUUGUAUUUACUAAGCCCCAGAGAUCCUGCGCAUACGGUACGAGAAAUCAUCGAAGUUCUGCAGAAAGGAGAUGGAAAUGAACACAGUAAGAAAGACACAGAGAUACGCAGACGUGAGCUCCUAGAAUCCAUUUCUCCAGCUUUAUUAAGCUACCUGCAAGGACAUGCUCGAGAGGUGGCACUGGAUAAGUCUGCAUGUGUGUUGGUGUCCGCCAUUCUAGGGUCUGCUACUGGAGACAUUCAGCCUGCCAUGAAUGCCAUCGCCAACUUGGCAGCAGCAGAACUGCAUCCUGGUGGCAAGGACGGAGAGCUUCAUGUUGCAGAACAUCCUGCAGGACAUCUAGUUCUGAAGUGGUUAAUAGAGCAAGAUAAAAAAAUGAAAGAAAAUGGAAGAGAAGGUUGUUUUGCAAAAACGCUUGUAGAGCAUGUUGGUAUGAAGAAUCUGAAGUCGUGGGCUAGUGUGAAUCGAGGGGCCAUUAUUCUUUCCAGCCUUCUCCAGAGUUCUGACCAAGAAGUUGCAAACAAAGUCAAAGCUGGACUGAAAAGCCUAAUUCCCACAUUGGAAAAAAACAAAAACACCAGCAAAGGAAUAGAAACUCUACUUGAAAAACUGAGUGCAUAGGCGGAAAGAGUUGAAAAUGAGAUGGAAUCACUUUACCUGUUUUCUGUUCUGUCUUCUCAGUGCAGAAAGAAGGGUCCACCUUAUUGGCAGUUUGGGUGCUUUAUAUAUGUGUUUGCUCUUUGUAUAAGCAUCUAUUUAUAAAAUUGUUUUUAAAAAUUGUCUUUUU